AAAAAAAUACUUAACGUAGUGUAUAAUUUACUUAAAAUGUUGUAAUAUGCUAGUUGAAAUAAAAUAUAAAUGAAACAUAUUAUUUUAUAUAUAAAUUUAAAAACUGAACGUUUAGAAAGGAGUAUUGGGGAGGUCACUGUAAAUUCUUAUCGCACUUCCGUCUUUAUUUGACAGAUCAUCGAAAAGCAAACAUUCUUAUCGUACCAGUGAUGACUGGCAGUCAGCAGCUGGGUGCCUCAGUACGUGUCAGGAAUUGAUUUUUUCCCAGUAGCAUGUCCAAACGGGCUGUUUCCUCCAUGACAGACGGAGCUAGGUACCACAAGCUCACCAAAGCUGAUGAUGGUUACAUAGAUUUACAGUUUCAGAAACCACCUCCAAAGGUACCUUAUAAAGCAAUUCUUCUGGCGACCGUUUUGUUUGUUGGAGGAUCUGUGUUAAUUAUCAUCGGAGCGCUCCUUCUCACUGGUUACAUUGAUGCUCAGUAUUCUGACAGAACGUGGCCAGUUCUUCUAAUCGGAGGCGUGAUGUUUAUUCCUGGUUUCUACCAUGUCAGGAUAGCAUAUUAUGCUUACAAGGGAUAUACGGGUUACUCAUACGACGAUAUUCCAGAGUUCGAAUAGCUAGCACCCUCCAGCUGACCCCUGUGUAAUAUUUGGAGAUUGGUGCUUACCAAAUAUGACUAGAGCCUGAUAACUAGGCUUGCAUCAUCAAUCUGUUUACACCAUCUUGAAAAUGUACAUUGUAACAACUCAAACAUGUUGCAUACACUGUGGUACACACACACACAUAUGGUUAUAAGCUGCCAUUCGGUACCAUAAAAAUGGUUGGAGGAAUAUGGCUUCCUGCAACAACUUGUACGCAUAUUGUCUUCUUAAAUAAUGUUAUAAAUAUGUGUUAUUUUC